AUGGCGAUGUGGCUGUCCGACACGCGGACACGAGGUGGAGGAGGAGACGACGCGAGGACAAGAGAACCCCCUUUGUCCUGCGCUGUGCGCUACAGCACAGAGGAGUUCACCCCAUCUAAAACCGCGUGCUCAGCUUGCCCAAAGUCGCCUCUCUCCUCCAGACCUUCAACUCCCACCUUUGCACCCGGCCACCAGCGAUCCGCCGCCUCCUCUCCUACUCCACUCCUCUUCCCCCGUUGCACCGGGCCACCAGCGGUCCGCCGCCUCCUCCUCGAUUGGUUGCUGGAGCAGAUGGAUCCUUCUGAACGGGAUGGCGGCUCAAGGAAAUCCAAUAAGCCCAAGUAUUCUAAGUUUUCCCAGCAGGAGCUUCCAGCAUGCAAGCCACUACUGAUACCUAAACUUGUCGUUACAGUCUUCUUGCUCAUGGCCGUCCUAUUCAUUCCGAUUGGGCUUGCAGCUCUGUUUGCCUCGCUACAGGCUGUCGAACUGGUGGAGAGAUAUGAUAUAAGUUGUGUUCCCAUCGAUGACAAGGUCGCCUUCAUUCAGAGCUCCAAGAUUGACAAAACAUGCAACAUCACACUGCAGGUGCCUAAAUACAUGAAGAGUCCAAUCCUUGUAUAUUACCAGAUUGGCAACUUUUAUCAAAACCAUCGAAGGUAUGUGCGAAGUCGAAAUGACAAACAACUGCGGUAUAAGAAUGUUCACUUAGGAAAAGAAUGUGAACCUGAAGGGCAUGCCGCUGGUGGUGUUCCAAUUGUUCCAUGUGGACUUGUUGCUUGGAGUCUGUUCAACGAUACAUUUACAGUUAAGGUCAAUGGGGAGACUAUUGAAGUGAAUAAGAAGGAUAUAGCUUGGAAGAGUGACAAAAAGCAUAAAUUAGGCAAUGAUAUCUAUCCUAGUAAUUUCCAGAAGGGGCGUCUCAUAGGUGGUGCUAAGCUAAACGAGAGCAUACCAUUAAGUGAGCAAGAAGAUCUCAUUGUUUGGAUGAGAACCGCUGCCUUCCCAACUUUCAGAAAGCUAUAUGGCAGGAUUGAAAAAGAGAUAAUGGCAGAGGAUAAUAUAACAGUGGUUAUACAGAAUAACUACAACACAUAUAGCUUUGGAGGAUCAAAAGCGGUGGUCCUUUCUACUGCAUCUUGGAUUGGAGGAAGAAAUAACUUCAUUGGUAUUGCGUAUCUGACUAUUGGUGGUUUGUGCCUUUUCCUUGCUCUCGGGUUCACAGUUUUGUACAUGGUUAAGGCAAGGUAUGUUUCAUGA